AUGCAGGAUCGUAUGGCUUGGGAGCCGGCCAAUAUUGAUCUAUCCAUGUCAUAUUUGAGCCAUGAUUCAAGACCACUCAGUUCCAUGCUCGAUUUGAACGAGGACACCCAGGAGGAUAUUACCGCAGAGGUGCCUUACGCCUUGACGUCUACACGAUCUAUGAAUGAUUUCCAGCUAUCUGAUUUGUCUAGUGCCUCGGAUAUCUCUACCAAGCCACCCGCAGAUCUCGGAUUUGAUUCGAUAUGCCAUCCGACGUGGCUGAACACCCAUAAUUACAAGGAACUACAGACGUACAGUAGCCGCCAAUCCACCUCGUCAAGAAGCUCCCGGCAGCUGAGUGACUCCCCUUGGAAGACCUUCGACCACCAGCCCUCUCGUCGGAACAGCCCCCAAAGCUCGUUCUCCCCAUAUUCCAUCGACCAGCAAAUGAUCACCACUUCCAAUAACCACCUGAUUUCAGAAAAUCUUCUCCAGAUUUACCACGACGUAUUGGAGCACAACUUAUCGUGUUGGUUAACUGAGAUGACUUGUCCCUACCAAUUGGGAUCGCGAACUUCGACCAAAAUCAUCCCGGAAUGGGGCUCAUCAUGGUCUAACAGGAUAUAUCAGCGCACGAUUAAGCUCGAUCGUGUCUUACAGUCUUCCAAGUUCCUUCAGAUGACACGCUCUGAGGACCAGGCCGCGUCCAAGGCUCUGCAUUUUGCCAUCAUGGCGUUUGCUACGCAAUGGGCGCAGGGAAGUAAUCGGCACCGUGAAAAACAUCCAACAGUGACUCUCCAUCAUGGCGAGGACGAAAGUAACAUAUCCAACGAGUUCGACCGCAUUCUUCAGCGCCACUUUUGGGACCAGGCGCAGUGCGCACUGCAGCAAGUUGCCGCUGUAGAGUCGUACAGAGUGGCUUGUGCCGAGAUGAUCUUUGGCUUGACACAAAGGCCAUGGAACCCCGACGAGCAGACUCUCGAACAUGAGAUAGAAGCACAGGGCCAUAGAUCUGCCAUAAACUCAGUCUUUUUACAGGCGAGUGAUAUAAUACGCAAGGAAGGGCCGCCGAUAUAUAUGGAGAGUGCAGCUCGAAAAAUGCACGCAUUGAAGUUUCGCUGCGAUGCGCUCGAAGCGGGUCUAGGCAGGCAGUAUGGCAGUCGAGAGAAGGCUGCUGAUGGCAUUGCAGACAUAAGUCCCGAAGAUCGAGGGACGAUCGGCCUACUCUAUUGGCUGGCCAUUAUGUUUGACACCAUCUCCUCCUCCAUGAACGAACGACCCGUCGUGGUAAUGGAUGAGGACUGCGAACACGACGCACAAAAACGGCACCGACAAGUUUCGAAUUUAGAUAAUUCUACUACACAAAGUCGGUGGAAUCUCAAGCUUUUCGUGCAAGAGAGCAUUGAAGAGACACAUCAAACACACUGGCCCUGCUCCUACGAGACCGCCGCCGAAGACAUCGUCAAGUCAGCGCCAGUCAAAGUACUUCUCUUCCGGCACCUGUCGUACCUACAAAACGCUGUUCGCAAGAGCUCUCAUGGAAAGCAAAUUGAGGAAAUCAUCCAUAGUACAAUGUCGCUGUAUCAAUACUGGAAUAAGACGCAUGGUGCUUUCUUCGACGAGCUCGUGCAGAACUACAGUCUAGUUCCGCAGCGUAUACAGGGCUGGUUUGUGUGUAUCUCUGCGCACUGGCACCUUGCUGCCUUGAUGCUUGCGGAUUUGCUGGAAUUUAUCGACGACAAUGCCUUGGGUAUCGAGGAUGCGGCUUACGGUCGUAUCAACAGCCAAAUGGCGAGGGGAAUCAGGAACCGUAGUGCCCAAGAGCUAUCAGAUCUGGCAAGAGUCGCCACCCCGCCUGCCGAAGAUGCUAUCACGGGUGUACCGCAGAUGCCAGACUUUCACCACGCUACCAAUGAGGGGACGCUUCUGACCGAGCCAUGGACGAUGAUUCUAAUCAGGGCGUUUACCAAAGCAUGUAUGGUCUUUUUGAGCGAAGCAGAUGAGUCCCUUUGCUACACUGCGACUACCUUCGGGCAUACUAGGCUUAAAAUUGAGCGGAAUAUGGAGCGGGCCGAAAAUUGUAUGAAGGGAUUGUGGCUGUUGGGUAAAAAGUCAGAUAUGGCACGAAGGAUUGCUGAGAUACUUUCACUAGCGUUGAGAAAACUACGGAAUGAGUGCCUGGGUUGA